CGACGUUGCAAGAGAAAGCUGCAAGAGAUUUUCUASCAGCGAAAACAAAAGAUUUGGAGUAAUGAACUGGAUUCAGCGCAAGAUCUACCUUUAUAAUGUUACCUUCGGUCUGUACAUGUUGGAUUGGUGGGAACGUUACCUGAUCAAUACAUUGAUGAUCGUGUUGCUAUGGUUUAUUUGCUACAAUGGAUCACGAUCUGCAGCUGAGUUUUAUCGAAGUGAUGCAGCAUUAUGCAAUAUCUAUUGGAAAAGAUACAUGGGACAUUUUGUAUGACAAUGUGUUCUGGAAUGAAUUGCCUGGAUUAGCCAGCCAUCUUAGGGUUAAGCUUGGGAUUGGCACAAAUUAACAUCCUGGUGGACAAGGAUUCUACGGAAGAAAAAAAACGUUAAGUAAUACUUUUAUCACAAUUUGUAUGAAUAGAAGUUUCUUGGUGUUGUGGCAUUCAUUUAUGCCCUUUUGUACAUCAAAUCCCUUUCAUUGGGGAUGCCUUUUUAAUAUGCCUCUCUAAACUACUCUAGUUUUCUUUAAAAUGUUAUACCAUGUUUCUGGUGUUGCAGUGGGUUCUAAAAUCAAUCUGAUUCUUGGCGUGCUAUUGAAUAUUGACAAUUUUAGACUGGGGUUUUCUUUUCCUUUCUUUCCUCUUUUCUCCUUUUCGUUCUGUGUUGGGAUCAUUUACUUGACCAAGGCUUAAUUUACAUCAGAGGUAUACUCUGGAUGGCAGAUUUUGAUUGUUAGACCUGAUCUUCAAUCGGAUCGAAUUGGGUGAAGCCAAAUUCGAUCGGAAUAUUGAUUGUAAAUGUAUCUAAUUUUUGAGAUCUGUAUUCGGUUUAAUCAAAUGGUUUCUUGUCCGUAGUUGGAUUUGGACA